AUGCCGCCCUUUGACCAUCUGCGCACGAUCACCGACUGCGAUCGAGAGCUGGUGGCCUUCCCACCGCUUUCAUCGGACGAAAUAGACUUAUUGCAACGAGUAGAAGACCAGCUCCUGGCCAUCGAUGAAGCGUUGGCGGCAGACCUCGGACAGCAGGAAGAGCAUCUGCCCGCGCGAGCCUCGAAAUCAGCCAAAGAGGCCCACACGGCCAAAAUCGAGUCUACUCGGCGCAAGUAUGAGGCUCAGCGUUCGAGGAUCCUUCGAGCCAACCCGUCCUUCACGGACCUGAAGACUCGCGAUGCCGCUCGGCUCGCGAUCCAAGAGCGCAAGCUUCAGCUCGUCUCUGGCGUGCCGCCGCAAGGCUGGCACCCCCUCCCAAAUGUGGUCGAGGAAGACGCAGCGGCUGCAGCAGAGUUCGACGGGACACAGGACCCCGAAGCACGGGCGCAGCUGGCCGUGCAGGUGGCGCAACACUACAAGAUAGCAUCCGAGGCGCAGCAGACUCAGAAGCAGCUCAACGACAUGUCACAGCUGCUGCCCUACAAAGAGGUCAUCCGCCUGGCAAGGGAUGGGGACCCGCGCAAGACCUCCCUCGUCGCCUGCCUCGCUUCUCUCUCCUCCGAGCAGCGGGCGUACCUGGGCGCGGCGCUUACAGGACAGACUCAGUCGGCCAGCCGGCCCAGCUCCAAGCGGCCCUUCGCCGCCACAUUGCCCCCCGAGGGGGGCCCUCAAGAGGGCCCCGAGGACAUCACGUGCCUAAUUUGCAACCAGCGGGGCCACCGCUUUCGAAACUGCCCACAACUCCAGGCCAUGCCCCGGGACCAGCAGCAGGCAGCGGAGCGGCCGGGGCCUGGGGGCAUACCCAUCAAGGCGGCCGGCGCCCAACAACAAGCGGACGUCGCUGCCCAACGUGCGGGCCCCGCGCCUCCGCAGCAACUUGAGUUGGUCUCCGACGCAGUGGCUGCAGAGGCCGCUGCAGCAGUGGUAGCACAGGCGUCAGCCUUAGUGGCGGCGGCCAUGAUCCCCGAACCGCUCCAUCCGGCCCCGGGACGCCCUUGGUUCGGGCAGGCGGGCAGCAAGCUCGUCACCGAGGCAUGGCUGCGGUAUGGAGUGAAUACGCCAGCGUCCCGCAACGCGGCCGUCUGGACAUUCCACACGGAGCCUAACCCGUCCCACCACCUCCGUAACUAUCCCUCUAUCCUCCCGCACCUCGCCGACAUGAGCCAGCACUUCGACGACUUCCUGGCUUCCGGCGUCACCGAGCAAUAUGACCCCAGCCGGCAGCGAUAUGCCGGGGAAGUCACCGCCAUCCUAGAGGCGGCCGCCACAGGGCCCGUCCGCCGAGGGGACCUUCAGACACUCGCCGGCCGCCUCACGUUUGUGGCGCGAGCGUGCAGAUGGGGCUACACAUUCCUGCAGGGCAUCUACGACGCUCUCGGCACCCUGCAGUACCCCCCGCCGUCAUCAGUCGCCCUUCCCGAAGAGGCUCUUGACGACCUUCGCUUCUGGCAGGACGUCCUCCGCCCGGACUCCUCCGUCUGGGACGGCGUCAAGCGCUGCGUUUUGGCUAAUCUGGACUUGGCGCCUACCCCGGUGGUUGGUACCGCUGCACUUCUUGCUUGCUUGCGGCGGCGGGUAUCGGCGCAUGCAGUUGGCCGGUACGCGACCUCCACCGUCACCGGCACGCUGAGCGCCCUGGCGGACUGGCAGCGGUUCAUGGGAGUCUCGCCAGAGGCCUAUAUCAGCCGCGACCCGCUGGUCAAGCGAACCCUGGGCCAAGCGUUGCGAAGGACUGCUGCGGGGCCGGAGUCGGCACCGUCCAUGGCAAAGGCACCUUUGCCCCUGGGGGUGCUAAGGCUGCUCGUGGCGUGGCUACGAGCGUGGCUUGGAGCUUUUCGAGUCGAGGAACGCCUGCCACACCAGGGAGGACGUGGAGUGCUGGCACUUUUCCUCAAAGUUACCAAACAGCAUAUAAAGGGCAGCGGGUUCUCUGUCUAG